GGCUGGAGCCGAGCGCGCCGCGUCGCCCGCCGCCGCCGGUGCGGAGCGUGAGGAGCACUCGGCCGCAGCUCUCGCCUGCCGCGGAGGGUCGCGCCCGGCGCCUCCGGCCAGGUCGCCCUGUGCCCGGGCCUUUCCGUCCUUGGAGCGGAUCGCUGCCCGCCAGGCGCCCGUCUGCAGCGACAGCAGCCGCUGGAGCCGAGGCCGCGGCGUCGGCCGUGCCCGGGACCGGGUGUCCGCGUUCAGCCACGUCCCCACCACAGCUCUCUCCACAACACUUCACCCAGACCUUAGGACGCCUGGUGGCCACCUGCCCCUAGCCAAGCCUGCAGCUGUGAAGAGGUCGGGCACAACAGGCAGGAUGGGCGACCUGGCCAACAGUUCCAUCGAGUUCCACCCCAAGCCCCAGCAACAGCGGGAGGCCCCCCAAGCAGGUGGCUUUGGGUGUACCCUGGCUGAGCUGCGUUCCCUCAUGGAGCUCCGAGGGGCUGAGGCGCUGCAGAAGGUCCAAGAAGCCUACGGGGAUGUCAGUGGGCUUUGCAGGAGGCUGAAGACCUCGCCCACAGAGGGCCUGGCCAACAACGCCAGCGACUUGGAGAAGCGCAGGCAGAUCUACGGGCAGAACUUCAUCCCCCCCAAGCAACCCAAGACCUUCCUGCAGCUGGUGUGGGAGGCCCUGCAGGACGUAACCCUGAUCAUCCUGGAAGUGGCCGCCGUCGUCUCCUUGGGCCUUUCCUUCUACGCACCACCAGGAGAGGAGAGUGAAGCAUGCGGGAACGUGUCAGCCGGGGCGGAGGACGAAGGGGAGGCCGAGGCCGGCUGGAUCGAGGGAGCCGCCAUCCUGCUGUCGGUCAGCUGCGUGGUGCUGGUCACGGCCUUCAACGACUGGAGCAAGGACAGGCAGUUCCGGGGCCUGCAGAGCCGCAUCGAGCAGGAGCAGCGCUUCUCAGUCAUCCGCGACGGCCAGCUGCUGCAGGUCCCUGUGGCUGCCCUGGUGGUGGGGGACAUCGCACAGGUCAAGUACGGAGACCUGCUGCCUGCCGACGGCGUGCUCAUCCAAGGCAACGACCUCAAGAUCGACGAGAGCUCCCUGACCGGCGAGUCGGAUCACGUGCGCAAAUCAGCGGACAAAGACCCUAUGCUGCUCUCAGGUACUCAUGUCAUGGAAGGUUCUGGAAGAAUGGUGGUGACUGCCGUUGGUGUGAACUCCCAGACAGGCAUCAUCUUUACCUUGCUUGGAGCUGGUGGAGAGGAAGAGGAGAAGAAGGAUAAGAAAGGCAAGCAGCAGGACGGGGCAAUGGAGAGUAGCCAGACCAAAGCUAAGAAGCAGGAUGGGGCGGUUGCCAUGGAAAUGCAGCCCCUGAAGAGCGCAGAGGGCGGGGAGACGGAGGAACGGGAGAAGAAGAAAGCCAGCGCGCCCAAGAAGGAGAAGUCGGUCCUGCAGGGCAAGCUCACCAAGCUGGCCGUGCAGAUCGGGAAAGCAGGACUGGUGAUGUCCGCCAUCACUGUCAUCAUCCUGGUCCUCUACUUCGUGAUUGAGACCUUCGUCGUGGACGGCCGGGCAUGGCUGGCCGAGUGCACGCCCGUCUACGUGCAGUACUUUGUGAAGUUUUUCAUUAUUGGUGUCACGGUGCUGGUCGUGGCUGUCCCGGAGGGCCUGCCUCUGGCUGUUACCAUCUCCUUAGCUUACUCCGUCAAGAAAAUGAUGAGGGACAACAACCUGGUCCGCCACCUGGAUGCCUGUGAGACCAUGGGCAAUGCCACUGCCAUCUGCUCAGACAAGACGGGCACACUCACCACCAACCGUAUGACCGUGGUCCAGUCCUACCUUGGGGACACCCACUACAAAGAAGUUCCAGCCCCCAGUACCCUGACCCCCAAGAUCCUCGACCUGCUGGUCCACGCCAUCUCCAUCAACAGUGCCUACACCACCAAAAUACUACCUCCAGAGAAAGAAGGCGCCCUCCCACGCCAAGUGGGCAACAAGACGGAGUGUGCUCUGCUGGGCUUUGUCCUGGACCUGAAGCGGGACUUCCAGCCUGUACGGGAGCAGAUUCCGGAAGAUAAGCUUUACAAAGUCUACACCUUCAACUCUGUGCGCAAGUCCAUGAGCACGGUCAUCCGCAUGCCCGAUGGCGGCUUCCGCCUCUUCAGCAAGGGUGCCUCGGAGAUCCUGCUGAAAAAGUGCACCAACAUCUUAAACAGCAACGGUGAGUUGCGCAGCUUUCGCCCUCGCGACCGGGACGACAUGGUGAAGAAGAUCAUCGAGCCCAUGGCUUGCGAUGGCCUCCGCACCAUAUGUAUUGCCUACCGGGACUUUUCUGCCGCUCAGGAGCCCGACUGGGACAAGGAAAACGAGGUCGUGGGCGACCUUACCUGCAUAGCCGUCGUGGGCAUCGAGGACCCUGUGCGGCCCGAGGUCCCUGAAGCUAUCCGCAAAUGCCAGCGUGCUGGCAUUACAGUCCGCAUGGUGACCGGGGACAACAUCAACACAGCCCGAGCCAUUGCAGCCAAGUGUGGCAUCAUCCAGCCCGGGGAGGACUUCCUGUGCCUGGAGGGGAAGGAAUUCAACCGGCGCAUCCGCAACGAGAAGGGCGAGAUAGAACAGGAGCGUCUGGACAAGGUGUGGCCCAAGCUGAGGGUCCUCGCGCGAUCGUCUCCCACCGACAAGCAUACUCUGGUCAAAGGGAUCAUCGACAGCAACGCCGGCGAGCAGCGGCAGGUGGUGGCCGUGACUGGGGACGGCACCAACGACGGGCCGGCCCUCAAAAAGGCAGACGUGGGCUUUGCCAUGGGCAUCGCAGGGACUGACGUGGCCAAGGAGGCCUCAGACAUCAUCCUGACCGAUGACAACUUCACCAGCAUCGUCAAGGCCGUCAUGUGGGGCCGCAACGUCUAUGACAGCAUCUCCAAGUUCCUGCAGUUCCAGCUGACCGUCAAUGUGGUGGCUGUGAUCGUGGCCUUCACGGGUGCCUGCAUUACUCAGGACUCUCCUCUCAAAGCUGUGCAGAUGCUGUGGGUGAACUUGAUCAUGGACACGUUUGCCUCUCUGGCCCUGGCGACGGAGCCACCCACCGAGGCGCUGCUGCUGCGGAAACCGUAUGGCAGGGACAAGCCCCUGAUCUCUCGCACCAUGAUGAAGAACAUCCUGGGCCACGCGGUGUACCAGCUCGCCAUCAUCUUCACGCUGCUGUUCGUCGGAGAGCUCUUCUUCGACAUCGACAGCGGAAGGAAUGCACCCCUGCACUCGCCGCCCUCGGAGCACUACACCAUCAUCUUCAACACCUUCGUCAUGAUGCAGCUCUUCAAUGAGAUCAACGCCCGCAAGAUCCACGGCGAGCGGAAUGUCUUUCACGGCAUCUUCAGCAACCCCAUCUUCUGCACCAUCGUCCUCGGCACCUUUGCGAUUCAGAUUGUCAUCGUCCAGUUCGGCGGAAAGCCCUUCAGCUGCUCCCCCCUGUCCACGGAGCAGUGGCUCUGGUGCCUGUUCGUUGGUGUCGGGGAGCUGGUCUGGGGACAGGUCAUCGCCACCAUCCCCACCAGCCAGCUCAAGUGCCUGAAGGAAGCAGGGCACGGGCCUGGGAAGGACGAGAUGACUGACGAGGAGCUGGCCGAAGGGGAAGAAGAGAUCGACCACGCUGAGCGGGAGCUCCGCCGAGGCCAGAUCCUCUGGUUCCGCGGCCUCAAUCGAAUUCAGACACAGAUGGAGGUAGUGAGUACCUUCAAGAGAAGCGGUUCAUUUCAGGGCGCCGUGCGCCGGCGGUCUUCGGUCCUCGGCCAGCUCCAUGACGUAACCAAUCUUUCUGCCCCUACUCACAUCCGGGUGGUGAAAGCAUUCCGUAGCUCGCUCUACGAAGGCCUGGAGAAACCGGAAUCCAAGACCUCCAUUCACAACUUCAUGGCGACGCCCGAGUUUCUGAUCAAUGACUACACCCACAACAUCCCGCUCAUCGAUGACACGGACGUGGACGAGAAUGAGGAGCGCCUGCGGGCCCCCCCGCCCCCGGCCCCCAACCAGAACAACAACGCCAUAGACAGCGGCAUCUACCUGACCACGCACGGCACCAAGUCAGCUACCUCGUCAGCGUUUUCUUCCAGACCCGGGAGCCCGCUCCACAGCGUGGAGACGUCCCUCUAGGGGAACUGCUCUCAGCGCACCGCACACGCGCGCACGCGGCCGGCCGGCGUGGGCCUGCGAGGAGGGCACGGCCAAGGCGGCGGCAGGGGUGCUGGCGCGGCACUCGCGGGGGCCGCUCCACCCGAGGCUUCCGACCUGGCACUGAGGAGGAGGAGGGAGAAACUAGAGCGUGAGCAGAGCUGCGUUUCCCAUUUUUCUAUCGAAGCAUUUUUUUUAAACGAACACUACAGGUCCCCCAGACAUUCGCCGCUCCGGCUGUGCGAUGGGGCGGGGGGCUGUGCUUGGCUGAUGGGGCGGGCGUUGCAUCGCACCCACCCGAGAGCGAGCGGACCCACAGGUUCGCACAGGAUGCCCGGCCAGCCCCCCGCCUGCCCGCCGGGAGCCGCCAGCAAACGGACCUGCACCACCGAGCGCCCCUCCCCCAGGACACACGUACGGUCUGUAUGUGUGCGCGUGUGUGCGUAACUGUGUGUGUGCGUAUAGACAUAUACGUACAUAUAUGACCCGAUGCAUAUUUAAAGAAUAAGGAGCUAUUUAUCAGCAUGAUAUUUC